CUGGGUGUGGUUAACGUUGCGGAAACGAUUGAUUAUUGGGUGCGACUGUACAUAACGGGGACGGGAGGUCACCCUGACUGGCUACGCAAGGCAACAAGUUGCGCAACUGACUACAAGUACUUAUCAGAUCCCCGUCUCAGAAACUGAUCUCCAGUUCUGAAGUCUUCAGUUAUCACCGAUUGACUACGAUCGGAGCGCGGUGUAACGGUAACUGAAACAACUGCACAGGUGACAACAGAACAGGUGUGUCGUAAAUUCCCCUGGGGACUCUCGGAACACUACGCGAGAUUUUAAUCUCCGCUAACCUGGGACUCCACAACAUCCUGACUGUUUUUGACGCAGGUGAUUCUUUUUAGUGAACGGCUUCGUGUAAAGAUACCUGCAACAAAGGACAUGGUCUCGGGGGGGAUGUUGGCUCGACAGCCCGCAUAAAAACACGCCAUUUUGUUCUCGAGCCCAGGACUCAACUCAGGCGUUUCGUUAGCCCACCUGCCGGACUUCAGGCACAAGUGAUUGUUCUCAGUUCCAGUAUGGCUGCCACCAAUUACAAGAAGCUGUUCUACGCAGGAGUGGUCCUGCUGUCUCUUGCCGGAGUUGUGAUGAUGGCCACUUCUAUGGGCACAGAUUUCUGGAUCGAGGCCCAGGUACAACGCAACUUCGGGAACGUCAGUCAGACUCAGGGCGGGAUGAACAUCGGGUUGUUCAAGGGCUGCAAGACGUUUCGGACUAUACCGGACUGCGGGUUUCAAGUGACAGGAGCAGAAGUGGGAACAAACAUUACCUACCAGCCGGGUCACCCGAUGGUGGCAGCGACCAUAGCCUUCAACGCUGGUGCUAUGCUGAUGGGGCUGGUAGCAGUCAUCUUCUCAGCAUACAAUGUCUACACAAACCCCAUAGAGACCUUCGCUGGGCCCUUGGGUCUGUACAUCUGGAAUGGAGUCAGUGCUGUGUUCUGCCUGGUGUGCCUAAUCCUGUACGCAGUGUUGUACCUUCUGCACCUGAGCGGGAACGACCUCCUCCCACAGUCAGACUUGGACAGUAGGUUCUACGUGGCGACCUCAGGUUUCGGCUACUCCUACUGGCUGGUGCUCGGCGCCCUGGCAGCGUUCCUCCUAAACGAGGGGCUGGUAUAUCUGUCUGGAAAACACAUACGGUCUGUUUUCCAGAACAGAAGUGGCAGCAUGAAGGAACGGCCGAGUGAAGAUGUUUUGAUGUACUAAAAGUAACAAACAAAAAUUGAUACUCUCAGAUGUUACAGAAACUUUAUAGGCAAAGGUUGAAUUAGAGUUUUGCCUGUAACUUAUGAUAUCAUUUAUGGCAUUGCCAAGUCCAAUACUUGACAAUGGCAAUACAUGUAGUUGUGUUAUUUUGCUAGCAAAAGACUAGUCUUAUCCAACGUUGACUGGGACUGAUGUCACCCCAUUCCAGCUGAUUCAACCAUUAUCAAUUCGUACAUGGAUCAGAAGGGUAAAGUACAGUUUCUUGUGUAUGUUCAAAUGAGUACAGUUUGAGAGAGCUUGCAGAUACAGAGCUUACACAUUUUUCUGGCUGCAAGUUGUAGCACUUCCAGGUACCAGCACAAUCAUCCAUCUUUUGAGUAUCAAAGUAGGAAUCAACCCAUCGUGUAACAACUCUUGUAGAAAAAAGAAACCAUCGCUCCUAUAUUAUAUUAUUGCAGCAGUAUGUCAUAAAACAGUUUGAAAAAGCAAAGUGUUAUAUCUGUAAUGAUGGCAAGUAUCUACAUGUUUCACACAUUUACCUAUAGGUUAAAAUGAUUUGUUUUGAUGUAAGAGAAAGUACAACAAUUUAACAUUCAUCUGUUUUUGAGUAGGGCUUUGAGGCACCUGCUAUAAAUGUUUGUGUGUGGUAGACUGAUGUAUGAUCUUAUAUGUUUGGAAACACAGUAUAUGUAAAUGUUGUUGCAUUAGUUAUACAAUUACACAGUCAGAAACACUGUGAUCAAAUGUACCUAGAUUGAACACAAAUGGUUGAAUCAUAGUUAAUAAUGCCUGAAUGGUGAGCACAAGGAUAUUGAAAAAUAUGACAAUAGAUACAAUACAGAUGGACUUGUAAGGCUGCUAGUUAUUUAAUUUUACCAAAUGUGUAGCCGUUCUAUUUAAGUGAUGUUUCAGCUUGUGUCAAAAAUCAUUGAAUCCUAGGUUUGCUAUAUGGUUUAUCUGAAUACAUACAUAUAUAACUGUUGACUGGGCUUUUCAGUUCACUCAAGACAUGGGUUCAUAACUCAUGAAGAUGAGUACAAGAACAGAAAGCAUUCCAUUGUGUUCUAAAUAAAACCAGAGAUUACCGUUAUUCACGAGACAGGCCUUAUUGAUUUUUUUGUUCCUAGGUAACAUCAGUUCUGGCAUUCCCAUUCAAAGCCAGGUUGUUCAAAGCACAUCCCAGUCCUAAGAUGACAAUACCAUAUCCAUGAUCUGGCUUACAGAAACUGCAGGUGAGAUUAAGAAUCAUGACAGUCGUCAGAAAUCUUGGUCAGGACUCUUAGUAACUGCAGUCACCCAAUGUUGAUUAUCUUCAAUCUGCAUAUCCAUCUUCUGUGGGAAGUAAGGCAUCUUGGAUCUGCUGCCAUCACUGGCAAGUACACCUGGGGUAUUAACUAGGUUUUCAUGUAGCAUCACAUUUACA